AUGAGUAACAAGAGGAAGAGAAAUUUUCAGUUUCGGUUUGUACCUGAUGCAGAAACAGAAUAUUUUGACAAGAAUUGGAACAUUCUAGAACAUGCAAUUCGUGAUAUAUAUAAAAAAGGCAACUACAGCCAUCAUAGUAUUGAAGACCUCUACAGAUAUGCUUUCAAUAUGGUUCUUCACAAAUCUAGUGACAAGCUAUACUCUGGGCUGGUUGCCACCAUGAAGUCCAUGACUUCUCAUCUCAAAGAGAUAGCUGAAUCUAUUGAAGCAACUCAAGGAGGUCCCUUUUUGGUAAAAUUAAACAGAAAAUGGAAUGAUCAUAGUAAGGCAUUACUAAUGAUUGGAGACAUUCUUAUGUACAUGGAUAGGAUUUAUGUUCCAAGAACCAAGAAGGCGCCGGUUUAUGAACUUGGCAUGAACCUGUGGACAGAAACUGUUAUUUAUUCAAACCAGAUAAGGACUCGACUGUCGAAUACACUUUCGGAAUUAAUAUGUAGGGAGCGUGAUGGGGAAGAUGUUAAUAGAAAACUGAUUAAAAAUAUAACAAAGAUGUUAAUGGAUUUAGGUCUUUCUGUUUAUGUACAAGUAUUUGAGACUCCGUUUUUACAAGUUUCAUCUGAGUUCUACAGGGCCGAAUCUCAGAAACUUAUUGAGUGUUGUAAUUGCGUGGAUUAUCUCAAGAAUGUUGAGAGGCUCAUAAAUGAGGAAAUGGAUAGAGUGAACCAUUACUUGGACCCUAGGAUUAAAUCGAAGAUUACUUAUGUCGUGAAAAAGGAGAUGAUUGAAAAUCAUAUUCUUAGAUUAAUCCAUAUGGAGAACUCUGGGUUAGUCAACAUGCUUUGUGGCGAUAAAUAUGAAGAUUUGGGAAUAAUGUAUAACUUGUUCAGUUGUGAAAUUGAUGGUCUCUCAAAAAUAUGUGAAGUGAUGACUUCACACAUCAGAGAAUCAGGUAAACAGCUUGUUACUGAUCCAGAAAAGUCGAAGGAUCCUGUUCAAUUUGUGCAGAGGCUCUUAGAUGAGAAAAAUAAAUACGACAAGAUUAUAAGUUUAGCAUUUAAUAAUGAUAAGAUGUUCCAUAAUGCUGUGAAUUCCUCAUUUGAAUUUUUCAUUAACUUGAAUCCUCGUUGUCCAGAGUACAUUUCGCUAUUUGUCGACAAUAAACUUCGAAAGGUUCUAAAGGGAGUAAGCAAGGAUGAUGUAGAUAUUACUCUUGACAAUGUGGUGAUGUUAUUCCGGUACUUGCAAGAUAAAGACAUGUUCGAGAAGUAUUACAUACAACAUCUUGCAAAGAGGCUUUUGUCUGGAAAAUCAGUUUCUGAUGAUGCCGAGAAGAGUCUCAUAGUUAAGCUAAAGACAGAAUGUGUACACCAAUUUACCUCAAAAGUAGAGGUCAUAUUUGCAGACAUGAAAACAUCUGUAGACACAAUGCAGAACUUUUAUGCUAGCCAUUCCGAGUUAGUUGACGGUCCUACACUUACUGUAAAGGUCCUCACAACAAGGUUUUGGCCAACGCAAUCUACUGUGACAUGUAAACUGCCGGCAGAAAUUUCGGCACUUUGCGAGAAAUUUCGGUCAUAUUACCUCGGCACUCAUGCUGGUAGGAAAUUGUCUUGGCAAACUAAAAUGGGCACAGCAGACUUGAAAGCUACCUUUAGGAAAGGUAAGAGACAUGAGUUAAUUGUCUCCACUUACCAAAUGUGUGUACUCAUACUGUUUAAUAAUGCCGAUAGACUAAGCUACAAGGAAAUUGAGCAAGCAACUGAGAUUCCAGCUUCGGAUUUGAAGAGGUGUCUGCAAUCUUUGGCUUUGGUUAAGGGGAAAAAUGUUCUUAAGAAGGAACCUAUGAGUAAAGAUUUUAGUGAGGAUGAUGUAUUCUUUGUUAAUGACAAGUUCAGUAGUAAACUGUAUAAGGUAAAAAUAGGAACUUUUGUUGCAGCGAAGGAAUCGGAACUGGAGAAAGUGGAAACUCAACAAAGAAUAGAAGAGCACUGGAAGCCACAAAUUGAUGCAGCAAUAGUGAGGAUUAUGAAAUCUAGGAAGCAACUUGAUCAUAACCAUCUUAUAGCUGAGGUCACAAAGCAGUUGCAGUCACGAUUCCUCGCAAAUCCAAUUGAGGUAAAAAAACGGAUUGAGUCUCUCAUUGAGCGGGACUUUUUGGAGAGAGAUGAAAUUGAUAGAGAAUUGUAUCGAUAUAUUACCUAG